GCUGCUGCUGCUGCUGCCGCUGCCGCCACCCGGUCAGCUGUGCCAGGGGACUAGGCCAGGGUCUCCACCACUGACCGAGGGGAGAGGGCUCCGCUCGGCGCCGCCUUCUGCGACCUGGCCGUCAGUCCCACGUCGCCGGCCUGGAGGGGCGAAGAGGACGAGGAGGCCAAGGCUUCCUCCGGGGACAUUGGCUCUCUGGAUUAUCAGGAGUUGGUAGUUGACAUCGAAUCCAAGCUGAGGAUGGAAGGUGUGGAACUUAAAGAAGAAUGGCAAGAUGAAGACUUUCCAAUACCUUUACCGGAAGAUGAUAGUAUUGAAGCAGAUAUACUAGCUGUAAUGGAACCAAAGAGCCAGCCUGACACACUAGAAGUUAAUGGAAGUAAAGUGAGAAAGAAACUAAUGGCUCCGGAUAUUAGCCUGACACUGGAUCCUAGUGAUGGCUCUGUAUUGUCAGAUGAUUUGGAUGAAAGUGGGGAAAUUGACUUAGAUGGCUUAGACACACCGUCAGAGAACAGUAAUGAAUUUGAGUGGGAAGAUGAUCUUCCAAAACCCAAAACUACUGAGGUAAUUAGGAAAGGCUCAAUUACUGAAUACACAGCAGCAGAGGAAAAAGAAGAUGGACGGCGCUGGCGGAUGUUCCGGAUUGGAGAACAGGACCACAGGGUUGAUAUGAAGGCAAUUGAACCCUAUAAAAAAGUUAUCAGCCAUGGAGGAUAUUAUGGGGAUGGAUUAAAUGCCAUUGUUGUAUUUGCUGUCUGUUUUAUGCCUGAAAGUGGUCAACCUAACUAUAGAUACCUGAUGGACAAUCUCUUUAAGUAUGUUAUUGGCACUUUGGAGCUAUUAGUAGCAGAAAAUUACAUGAUAGUUUAUUUAAAUGGUGCAACAACUCGAAGAAAAAUGCCCAGUGUGGGAUGGCUCAGGAAAUGCUACCAGCAAAUUGAUAGAAGGUUACGGAAAAACCUAAAAUCUCUAAUCAUUGUACAUCCUUCUUGGUUUAUCAGAACACUUCUGGCUGUUACUAGACCAUUUAUUAGCUCGAAAUUCAGCCAAAAAAUUAGAUACGUCUUUAAUUUGGCAGAACUAGCAGAACUUGUCCCCAUGGAAUAUGUUGGCAUACCAGAAUGCAUAAAACAGUAUGAAGAAGAAAAGUUAAAAAAGAAACAAAAAAGAGUUGAUCAAGAGCUUAACGGAAAACAAGAUGAACCGAAAAAUGAACAGUAAGUUUGGCAUCUAGUCCGAACAAGACUGAAGAAUGUGCUGAUGAAGCAACGCUCUUUUUUGCAUUUAUAAUGCACUUACUGGCCUAUAUUUUUAUGUUACAAAAUUGACUUGACUUUUUCUUAAUGGAUUUUUGUACAAGGGACUGUUCACUGCUGUAUUGGUUUGCAGAUCUCUUGAAUUUAGCUCUUUAAUUGCUAACCAUAUCAUAAUCAUUUUAUAUUUUAUAUUGCUAAAUAGCAGAGAACCACACUUUAUAUAAAGCAUUUUUUGCAUUUGUUUAUUGAAUGAUGCAUCUUCUUCAGUAAAAUAUUUAUAAGUAUAGAUGGUAAAGGAAAAGAAAUAAUAUAUAUUUUUAUGUUUUUGAGCAAUAUUUUUUAAUGUGUACCUGUCUUGUGGAAGAAUGUGCAGGUAACCAAGACCAUGAUUUUGUAAAGUGCAUGUUAGAAUUUUUGUUUUUGUAAAUGGUUAAAUACAUUUCCUGGGUAACUUAGAAAAUUAAGUUGCUCAAAAAGCGAGGAACAGUUACGUUAAACUGAUUCUCAUGAAUACCCAAAGAUCAUGUACAUAAUCUAAGUAGAUUAGUAAUAUCCCAAGUUUUUUCCUCUCUUAACAAUUAUUGUUCCUUAAUUCAGAAGCACAAAUGGAAGUGCAUUGCACAGUUUUUCCUUUUUAAACUUAAAGACAAGUCAAAAAGCCAUUUUUAGAACUAGAGAAUUUAAAAGGCGAGGAAUUAGGGUUUGUAUAUAUAUAUAUAUGGAUCAUUUUGUCUUCUGGCCCGAAGUCAGAACUUUAUAAAAAUCUUGGAUUUGUUCACUAAUGUGAAAUAAGCUGUGUGUCCAGGGUAUUGGUCCCCUGAAUGUGUGAGUGCUAUGUAUUAUUACAGAGAAUGUGAUGAGUUAUUCACUGUCAUGACUUUUUCUGUAAAAAAACAGGCUGCUUUUUAAACCGCUCUCACUGUGGGCACUUUACCAAAAUACUUCCAUAGUAGUUUGACCUAGUCCAAUAUGAUGUGUUUUCAAGUUUCUGUUGAGUCAUGUUUGACAAUAUUGUAAAUUAGGUUAAUUUUUGUAAGUCUUACAGCAGCAUUAUAUAGUGCUGUUUUGGAUGACACAUUUGAUAUAAGUAUAUAAACUUGUUUCAUGUGGUCAGUUUCUUUACACUGAAAUAAAUUGUACUUGUGCCUCCAAACAGAGCUUAAUUAUCCACAAAAUCAUUCUAAAACAGCAGAUUAUAAUGUGUCAUACUUGAGUGACUCAUAUACAUUUACUAAACUUAAUACCCUUCAGAUUUGAAGUUCACAUUAUUCUCCAGGCCUUCUUGUAAGGUAUUUUACAAAAGAGUAGCCUAGAGUAGCAAAAUUGAAGUGGAUGUGAGCUUUUAAGAUGUCUAUCCUAGAUUGAACAUACCCAUGGCGUUUACCAUUGCUAUUUUUUACUGUAAAGUUUCUGUUACAAAAGGGAAUUUUCCUUUACUUUUUGUCCUUCUCAGUCAUAAAUUUGGUGUACUAAUGUAAAUCCAUUAGAGGAGAUGCUGGAGGAUUAUCAGAAUGAGACAUUCCUCAGCAGCCUCCUGAUAUUUAACUUGGAUCCAGCAGUUUUAGGCAGAUCCUGAACUAAUAUCAUUAUAGUGAACUUAGCCAAAAGCAUUAUUACUUGCUCACAUCUUAGAAACACUGUGUUAAAGAUGCAAACUAACAAUAACAACUUAGGCAUUCCUUCUGAAUUUACUAUAUAGGGAUUAUGAAUAAAAGAUCAUGUUGAAUUUAAUUGUGAUUAGAUCCUCUAUUUGUAGAAUAUUUUAAGUAGUCUUUUAUCUGUAUGUCUUUAUUUUGCUCAAAAUGGGCUGAGCUUCUUAAUAGGUGGUUUUUCCAUCACAUUAAGUUCUCAGUUCUUUAGUUUGAAAAAUACAAAGAAUGAUUUCAACUCUGUUGACUUUUGCUUUCGAAGUCAUUAUUCCUAACUAUAAUUACAACUUGUUGCAGAAGUGAAAUAUUUUUUUAAAAUAGAAGUAGCCUAUAUUCUGUUAGAACAUUAAAAUUCAGAGGAAACAGUGAUAACACUCGGGAUAUAACAAAAGGGAUAUGCUGUAAUCACUAGAUUAAAUGGAUACCUGCUUUAACUUACACUUUAAUGAAAUCUGGUGUAGAGACAUGCCCACACUAAAUGUUUCAUAACUACAAGACUUAAGAUCAUAACUAGUAGGUUAGAUGAAAAGCAUGUAAGUUUGUUAUUUAUAAUUUAUAGCUAUGUAACAUUUUCCAAUAUUACUCAAUUUUAAUUUUUCAUUAUUUUUUGAGGUAGAAGUACAUAAAAUUGUAUUAUUUUGUCUUUCUGUUCGAGUCAUGGAUCUAACUUAGUUGGUUUAAUUUGAUGCUUCUGUCUAUUUUUUGUUACACAUAGGCUCUUGAGUACCCCUUUUUAAAAGUCAAAAGUUUCUCAUAUGAAGUAAUUUGAUUCUGUGUUCUGCGUAAUCAUAUUCCUAAGCCAGCCAUCAAGGAAAUACAUUAUAUUAACCCCACAGUUUAAGCUUAAUAGUCUAUAAUUCAGAGGUCGGUAUGAAGAAAUACGAUUCUAAAUAAAGUAACAGGGUAGGUGGAAUGAUAAAACAAGGAAGAGAAAGAAAACCUUUAUAAAGGGAUAAAGACUUAGCUGUUAUUUAAGAUGCCACUGAUUGUGUCCCUCUUGAGAGAAGUACUGUAUAAGACAGCUGUUGGUACUGUUUCUUGUAUGCAGCAGGAAAACCUGCAGGUUAUACACAGAAUAUGUGAAUAAGGAGACCACGGAUCAAAGGGUAGGCUAAAUAUACAUAUGAUGAGAAUUCAUAUUUUCCUCUGCUUUAAUUCUCUCCAUAUAGAAGCAAGUUUGAACAGGUAGUUUUAGCAAUUACAGCGCUCAGAUUAAAGUUUAGGACUGGGAUAUUUUUUCAUAUUUCAUGCUUGGUAAACAUUACGUUGUCUUCCAAAUUGGGCAUUACUGAUAGAGACUUCUUUUAAAUGACUUAAUGGCUGUUUAUGUGAGUGCUCAGAGAAUUUGGAAACAUGUUUGAUUAAAAGAUUUCUUCAGUUGAUAAAUUAGCAUUAGGUUCUAUCAGGUAAAACAGGCCAGUUUCCUGAUUGAGGUUUGUAAGGUUGUAUGCAAGGUGACAGUAGCUUCAUCCUUCCUUUUCCUGUGUUUAUGUGGAAAAUUGUUAACAUUGCUCAAUCAGAAGGGAUAAGAAAAUAGGCAGAAAAUAGUUUGCUACAUCAUUCUAUUUUGUUUUCAUGCCUAUUUUUUUCCCCAUCGUAAUGAAUGUUUGAGAAAUGGACCACAAACAAAUCUGAGGGGUGGGGUAAAUAGAGGAAUUAGUGUAUUUCUGAGUUAGGCCAAUUAUGCUGUUAAAAGAGUUUAUUUUAUCAUAGGGAAUAGGAAUUGUGUUGUUUGAGUUCCUGGGAGUACAAGUCUAGACCUUAGACUUGCAUGGGAAUGCCAGCUGGUGAGGGAGGUGGGGUAUUAUCUACGCAGUGUUCUAAGCUAUUACAAAAGAAUUACCUGGGGAGCCCUUCGCCCCCUUCUCCCAUUCCUGAGAUUCUGCAUGGAUUUAGAAUCAGGUCAUUGGUGAGGCCCAGAAAUGUAACUUUCCUUUCAAGUUCUAAAUGGUAAUUGAAAAUAAAGUAGUGUGUUGAACAGUAAGGAGUGACACUAAAAUUUGAAUAGAACAGUUUGUUGCCACUGCAUGUAAUAGAUCUACUUAAUUUCUUAUGUUUUGAGAAAUAAAUUAAAAAUGCUAUUAAAAAAAGUCUCUUAAAGCAGUUAAAUCAAGCAUCAGAUGGAAAUCAAGUGUUUAAUGCUUUCAAAUUAAUAAUGAUCUUCAGCUGUUUGCUUCAGCUAGCUUGUUAUUCUAAAGACAUUCUGCAAGAGGUUAAAAUAUUUGCAUUUUAAAUUUUUAUGCAUUUUCACAUUCAGUUUGGCUAAGGAGGAACUUGGGAAAUAACACCAGCUACUCCACUGCAGUUGUAUAUGGACUUUCCAAAGUUUAAUAUUUCUUUAACUGUUCCUUAAUUGUUUAUUUACAUAAACCUAGCUAAGUAAGUUGGUGGUGUUUGGAGCCACUGACUUGCACAGCCCUUGGGGCACUGUUCACACAGAAGACAAUUCAGCCAGAUGCUAAUGCACUUUGAUACAUAUUUCAAAAAUACAUAUAUUGUUAUCACAGAUUCACAUGCUGUCAUUUAGACAAAAUUAAUGUACUGUAAUCAUUUUACUACUAUUAGGAUGUUGUUGCCUAGCCCAGUACUGUCAUUUUACAGUGUGAAAUUCAGUUCUGAUGUCUGUGUGUGCAAGAUGUUGAUGGUGUCCCUGUAAGAAAUACUAGGGUUGAUCAUGAUUUACUAAGGAGAUGUAAUAUUUUAUUUUUUUCUGACCUGUUAGGAAUACAAUAACUUUGUGUCUUGAUUUGUUGCACAUAUUUUAGCAACGUUAAUGAAUUUAAAUAAAUUAAUUGGAAAGUUU